CGAGUCAAUCGCAGUAAUUGUCGAAAGAAUCCGGUGUUGUAAACGAAUUUUAAAAACGAAUUAAUAUUAUAGAGAUGUCGGUACGCUUUGAUUAUAAAGGGCUCAUCGCUCCUGUAUUUGCUACAUUUACCGAUGAAAAACAAUUGAAUUUGGAUCUUGUUUCUGAGUAUGCUAAUUACUUAAAAGCUCAAGGAAUCGAGGGUAUUUUAGUAAAUGGAACUAGUGGUGAAUUAACAUCAUUAAGUACUAAAGAAAGGAAACAAAUCGCUGAAGCAUGGGCAAAAGCAGUAAAAAAAACAAAACAACAUUUGAUGAUUCAAGUUGGAGGUACAUCUUUAAAUGAAGUCAUUGAACUUGCCAAACACGCUGAAGAUUGUGGAGCUGAUUCAAUUUUAUGUUUACCAGAAUUAUAUUUUAAACCAAAUGAUAUCGAAGAGCUUACAAAUUACUUAUCAAUCAUUGGUAAAAAUGCUCCUAAGACUCCACUAUUAUAUUAUCACAUUCCUUCAAUGACUCAUGUUAACAUUCACAUGGGGAAAUUUGCAAACUACGUUGGAAAUAAAAUACCAACCUUGGUAGGACUAAAAUUUACUAGUAGUAUCUUAGAAGAAGCUUAUGAAGUGAUGAAAGUUAACGAGAAUCUUCACGUUUUUCUCGGCAACGAUCAGUUGAUGCUAGCUGCUAGUACAAUGGGAAUUGAUUCGUUCAUAAUGACAACCCUGAACUUCUUUCAAAAGCCAGCUUUAAAUAUUAUGCAAUACAUUAAAGAUGGAAAAGAUUUGGAAAAAGCAAAAGAAAGUCAAAGAGCAAUCGCAACUGUAGUUGAAGCUAUAACAAAUCAUGGAACAUGGGUUAAUUCUAUGAAAGCCGCAAUGAAUAUAUUUACAGAUAUAAACGUUGGGCCUGUGAGAGAGCCGUUGAAAAAUAUUGUUUUUGAAAAAAAAACUUUUGAAAAAAAUAUUGAUGCACAAUUUCACUCAUAUUUUAAUUAA